AUGGCAGAGAUCGCCGUGGGUUUGGUGGCACGUUUGAUCCAGACCAUCUCGACGCAGGUGGAGAAGGAGGUGGCCUUGCAGCAGAGCGAGUCGGAGAACACCAGGUUCGUCAUGGAUGAGCUUGAAACAAUUGGAGCAUUUCUUGGUGUUGUUGAAAACAUGAAGGAGGAUUCCCCAAAGUAUCAGAUGGCCAGGGUUUGGGCAGAGCAAGUGAAGGAUUUGGCUUAUGAUAUGGAGGAUUGCCUUGAGACAAGAUUUACAGCCCUCACUACUCAAAGUUCAAGUUGGUCACAAUAUAUAACGAAUUAUAGAGUUCUUCGUCCUUUCGCUGUCAAGUUAAAUGAUCUCAAAUCAAGGAUUGUUGAGGUGAGCGAGCGAAAUAGGCGUUACAAUCUGGUCACUGCUGACCAACCCAUCAACAAUCAUUUGAAUUUAAUGGUGGUCUUGGGCGGUGUGUGGUCUCGCUCUCUGAAAGUUUCUACUGAAAUAGAUACCUAUGAUGAUUGGAAGAAAGAGGUGGUCCCAUGGGAUGAACCUUCCAAAGUACCUACAUCAAACGAGGAAACCAGGAAUCUCAAAGUGGCUGCAAUGGUUGGCAUGUGUGGCUCCGGCAAGACAACUCGUGCUCGCGAGAUAUACGAGGAUAAGAGAACUAUUAAAAAUUUUGAAUACCGUGUGUGGAUCAAGGUGUCGCAAGCUGAGAGUAUCACGAAGGUGUUCAUGGAUAUGAUUGCACAACUCUCUGAUGCUUCUGCACGCAAAGGUAAACAUAUUGGUGAUGAAGACGAGUUAGCCCGCCAAAUUCAAGGAAAACUAGAAGGAAAGCAGUUUUUGCUUGUUUUUGAUGAUUUGUGGACGACAAGAGCAUGGUAUAGCAUCAAAAGGGCACUCCCUCAAGUUGGCAAAAGUGGCAGCAGGAUCAUUGUGACAACAGAGAUUUUUCAUGUUGCAGAGGACUGCACGGGGUCAUUUAAUCGUGUUCAUCGUCUCCCCCUGUUAUCAGAUCAGAAAUCAUUUCAGCUUUUGAAGGAUUCGAUUCUUCAAUCCGAAAAUUCAAAAAUGAGUCCUGAAGAUAAAAAAGACUUUGAAGAGCUGGACCUAGACAGCCUCAAGUUACCUGAGCCACUCUUCAACACAAUUGCACAAAUACUGAGAAAAUGCAGUGGCCUAGAAUUGGCUAUAGAAACUGUGGCGAAGUUACUUGCCUCAAAUUCUCCUCGCAAAUGGGGAAAACUAUGUGAUGAUCUUCCUUCGUUGCUCUACAAUGACCCCAGCCUCAAUGAAAUUAGGAAAGUAAUGAUCCGGAGCUACAGAAAUCUACCACCUUAUCUCAGGCCAUGCUUCUUAUACCUGAGCAUUUUCCCAGAGGAUUCUCACAUCAAUGUGGAAACUGUUGUAGAGCGAUGGUUAGCUGAAGGGCUUGUGAGGGAAAGAACCGGUAUGAGUCUCAGGGCUGUUGCACAAGGAUAUUUUUCUGAGCUCCUUGAUCGAAGCAUGAUUGUUGCUGUCCAAACUAAGAACAGAUCAUGUAAGACAUGCAGGAUCCAUCCCAUGAUGCGAGAUAUUCUAGUCAUGAUUGCACAAGAGGAGAAAGUCUCAGUCACCAUUGGUGCAAGACAGAGUUCCAGUUUGCUAGUAAAGCGGAUGCGCCAUCUGACACUUGAUGGUCAGAGUGACAGGAAGUUAGCUAGAUGUGUGGAAUUUUCUGGCAUCAGGUCACUAACAGUGUUCAGUGAACCAUCAGAAUCCAUUGCUGAAAUUAUUUGCUCUUCUCAACUAAGAGCUCUACGAGUUUUGGAUUUGUCAAAUGCCAGCUUUCAAAUUACUCAAAGAGACAUACGGCGUGUUGGAGAACUGUGUCACUUGAGGUACCUAAAUCUUUACAAAUCAAAUAUUUGUGAGCUUCCUUCAUCGAUCGGCAUGCUCCCAUUCCUAGAACUACUAAAUGUGAGGAAGACAUGCAUCACAAAACUUACUAGUGAGGUUGUUCGACUUGGCAGGCUAUACUCCCUUCGUGCUAGCAGAAGAGCAGAAGAUUGUUGUCACAACAAAUGGAAACAAUGCUGCUGUGAUUCAGCAGUAACUGUGCCUAAAGGAAUAGAGAACCUGCAGGACAUAGAAUGGCUGGAUAUUGUGGAUAUCAAGGACAGCUGUGGCUCAAAAAUCAAAGCUUUGGGGAAGCUUCCUAGACUGAAGCACCUUGGAUUGACAGGCAUUACAGUUAGGAACAGCAAAGAAAUCUCCAAAACCCUCAAAAAUAUUUCUUCUUCGCUGAUCUAUUUGUAUCUUGGAGCAUGCCGAAAUGAUGGAACACUUGCUUGUCUGCCCAUCUCUGAAAAGAAAAAGAAGAGGCCACUGCAGUUUCCAUGCCUCCAAAGCAUAAAGCUUGAUGGUCAUAUCGGAAAAAUGCCAUACUGGAUUUCUAACUCAUUGACACUUGAAGUGGUUAAACUUUGUAGGACUAAUCUCCAGCAGAGUGAUAUAAUGUCCCUUGAGAAACUACCUUGCUUGGUCAUGCUUGCUCUCCUAGACAAUUCAUAUGUUAGCGAUACAUUGGUUUUUUAUGCAAAAUCCUUCAGAGCGCUCAACACCCUGGAGAUUUCUAAGCUACCCAAGCUGAAAACAGUGAUAUUUACAGAAGGAGCAGUGUCCCACCUUCGAAGAUUAGACAUCAGAUGUUGCACAUUGAGAUUAAAAGGCAGAAAACACCUUAAACUCCGGUAUGAUCCUCAAGAUGGUGUCGAGGUGGUAUAA